UCUCCAACAGGUGCCAUAGAGCAGCAGCUCAGCUCGCCCUGAAUGUGACUUUCUGCCAGUGAAGAGAGGCGCUCACAAGCUGCUGACACUCACACAUGCAGGAAAGGAUAGGCACUGUCAACAUUGUGAACAUAUUCGUGGUGACAGUGUGUGAGCCCCCCGCCAUGUCUGAAGCCGUGACGGAGCCUCACAGAGCGGGCGGCUUCCUGGAGUCCUCCUGCGCAGCCUCCCUCGACGGCAUUGUGGAUACAGCAAAUGAGUCUUCAGGGGAAGAGUCCGCAGGGGAAAGGGAAGAGGAAAUUGGUGCACAUGAUGAAGCCGCCAGCAGCACCAAGACGACAGAGGUCCCUGCUGGACGGACGUCAAACACACAAACGGUGAGUACCCAGCGCCCAAACUCCCUGCAGGUGCAAGCAGCAGGAGAGCCUGGCCUGUGGACGUCUCAGGGCGACGCUGAGGUGAAACUGAGGAUGGGGGACUCUGGCCUGGCUGCUGAGACCCCUCUGACUGUCAACCAGAUGUUCACCUCAGCUGUGGAGCGCUUUGGGGACCAUAUGGCUCUGAGCUGGAAGGAGGGCGAGCAGCAGAAGAGCCUGAACUACAAGGAAUACUACCAGACCUGCCGCACCGCUGCCAAGAGCUUCCUUAAGCUUGGUUUGCAGCGCUACCAUGGCGUCGGAAUCCUCGGCUUCAACUCGUCCGAGUGGGUCAUCUCUGACAUCGCAGCUAUUCUAGCAGGGGGGUUCGCUGUUGGCAUCUACACCACCAACUCUCCUGAGGCAUGCCAGUAUGUAGCAGAAAACUGCAAGGCCAAUAUCAUAGUGGUGGAGAACCAGAAACAGCUGCAGAAGAUCCUUCAGGUUGAAGACAAGCUGCCACACUUGAAAGCCAUUAUCCAGUACAAAGAUGCACUUAAAGAGAAGAGACCAAAUCUGUACACGUGGGCCGAGUUCAUGGAGCUCGGCCGCGAUGAGCCUGACGCUCCCCUCGAUGCCAUCGUCUCCAGCCAGAAGCCCAACCAGUGCUGCACCCUCAUCUACACCUCAGGCACCACCGGCCAGCCCAAAGGAGUCAUGCUGAGCCACGACAACAUAACCUGGACGGCGCUCUCCACCUGCCGUCACGUGCGUCUGACGGACGCCACCGUCUCUCAGGAGGUGGUGGUCAGCUACCUGCCGCUCAGCCACAUCGCCGCUCAGAUGGUCGACAUCUGGGUCACCAUGAGGGUCGGGGGGGCCACGUAUUUUGCUCAGCCAGAUGCACUAAAGGGCUCUCUGGUAAAUACUUUGAAGGAAGUGCGCCCCACGGCCUUCAUGGGGGUCCCACGUGUCUGGGAGAAGAUGCAGGAGAAGAUGAAGUCUGUGGGAGCCAAGUCCUCCACUGUGCGCAGGAAGAUUGCCGUCUGGGCAAAAGAUGUCGGCCUGCAGACUAAUCUGACCAAGAUGAAUCAAAGCGGAGCAGCUGGCCGCACACCGCUCAGCUAUAAAUUAGAAAAGAUAGUGUUCAAAAAGGUGCGUAAGGCUCUGGGCCUGGACCGCUGCACCAAGUGCUACACGGGGGCUGCUCCCAUCACCAAAGACACCCUGGAGUUCUUCCUCAGCCUGGACAUCCCUCUGUUCGAGCUGUACGGCAUGAGUGAGAGCACCGGGCCCCACACCAUCUCCAUCCCUGAGGCCUUCAAGAUCACCAGCUGUGGUAAAGAGAUCCCGGGGUGCAAGACGAAGCUGCACAACCCAGACGAGGAGGGGAACGGAGAGAUCUGCUUCUGGGGCCGCCACGUCUUCAUGGGAUACCUCAACAUGGCCGAGAAGACGGAGGAGGCUCUGGAUGCAGAGGGCUGGCUGCACUCCGGUGACCUGGGCAAGCACGACGAGAACGGAUUCCUCUUCAUCACUGGAAGAAUCAAAGAGCUGAUCAUCACGGCAGGAGGCGAGAACAUCCCUCCGGUUCCUAUCGAGGAUGCGGUGAAGGAGGCUGUGCCGCUCAUUAGUAACGCCAUGCUGAUCGGAGACAAGAAGAAGUUUCUGUCCAUGCUGCUCACCAUUAAGUGCCAGGUGAACGCAGACUCGGGGGAGCCAGAGGACGAGCUGACUCCAGAGGCUGUGGAGCUCUGCAGGCGGCUGGGCAGCAACGCCACGCGAGUCUCUGAGGUCACAGGCGGGCGGGACCGGUUGGUCCACGCCGCCAUUCAGGAGGGAAUCAACCGAGUGAACGAGAAAGCAUGCUCCAACGCCCAGCGCAUUCAGAAGUGGAUCACUCUGGAUCGGGAUUUCUCGCUUCCAGGAGGAGAGCUGGGCCCGACCAUGAAGCUGAAGCGGCCGGUGGUGGUGAAGAUGUACAAGGAGCAGAUUGAGAACUUUUACAAGGAGCUGGCGACUCCAACGACCCCCGACAACCCGCUGCCCCCCAAAUAGAGCUGCUCCUCCACCUGUCUGAGUCCCCCGUCCUUUAUCCAACCAUUGUUCUCUUGUAAAAAAUGUUUGCCUUAAAUUGUUGUCGUUCUGUCUGUUUACAUUUGUUGGUGUUGUACAAAAAGAAUAGCCGACAGGAGAAGCUAUUGUGAAAUAUCUGAAUGAUUUUUGAAGACGGAAUCAAUAAGCUGACGUCUACUAUGUCUAUUACUGAGGUGAACAGUAAGACAGAGUAGAUGGAGUAGCAGUGGCUUUAUGUAGGAAAAUGUGUUUAUUGCACUGCGUUACUUAAGAUGAAAUGACAGAAUCCAAAAAAAUGAAGUUUACAUUUUGUUUCAGUAUAUUUCUUAAUUUAUUUUGGUUUGCCAAAGUUUACAAAUGAGCUUCACAUGAAGAAAAAUGUCUAGAAAGAACAGCAUUUGUGAUCCAACAAUCAUCUCUAAAUGUUUACUUGCCUACAUGCACGUGGUGUUUUUGUAUGAAUCUUAUGUUUAAUUUGUUUUCUGCAAAGGAAGCUGCAGUAACAAAACGUUGUGUUGAAAUCACAUCUAUCUCAGAACUAAGCAUCCAAAUGUUCUUGUGCUGUGAAAACACGUCAUUGAAGCCAUAUCUCUUGCCUUUCGUAACUGAUGUCAGAUUCUGUUCUGCUUGCUGACUCGAUGCAGAUCGUUACACACCUGCCUGGUCCUGUGGAAAUGUUUUCCAUCAGUGUGUAGUCCUGCUUUGAUUUUUUGUGAAAUAUUGUAAAUAUAUUUUGCCUUCAUCGUCAUCCAUCACUUGAUUUGAGUUUACAGUCGAUUUUCCAGCAGUGCAGAACUCGCAUGAACAGUUUUUGGGACUCAAACAAGUGCGCCUGGACUUAGAAAUGUACAUAAAUUAGAUCACAUGUAGCUUUAUGGCCAAUAUAUCAACUUGUCUGUGCCAUCCCUUAUGCAUCAUCACUCGUCAACAUGUUUUGACCACAUAUCUUCAGCCUCUUUGAAGACAUUACUUACGCCUUCAAAGCAAAAGUCAAAUACCUUGUAUAUAAAUGAAUUGUGUAUAUAAUAAGCAAAGUUAUUGGUAGCACUCGAGUUAGUGAAGGUUAUGGUUCUCAUGAAGUUCAGGGUAAACAAUAAACUAAGGAAAUGACGGUGAUUCAGUGUGUCUGAGUUACCUGACCCGAAAGAGCUGUUGUUAAUAUCAGGGUUGAAAAAGAUGGAAAUCUGCAUGAAGCUACCGAAAAAAGGAUGCAGGCCUGUUUCUGUCUACAGACGUGAAUGUUUGUGUGUUUGAGUGUCAGAAUAAAAGUUGAUUGAGCUGAUGUGCUGAA